AUGUCUUGUUCCACUCUUCAAGAAGAAGUUUCUGGUUGUGGUGUUGCUUAUUGGGUUAUGGCGGCUGUAAGGAGAGCUAUUGAGAAGGUCAUGGAAUGGGAAGCUCUGUCAUCGAUCAUCAUGUUAGUUUACCCAAAUGUCAAAACAUUUAAGGAUGUAAAGGGUUGUGAUGGUGCAAAACAAGAGCUUGAAGAAGUGGUAGAAUAUCUAAAAAGACCCAUUAAAGUUUACCCGUCUUGGAGGAAAGUUGCCAAGGGUGGAAUUCUUCUUACAGGGGCACCUGGUACUGGAAAGACAUUGCUGGCUAAAUUACCUUCAACCGAUGAAACAUUAGUGAGCAAGAAACAGUUAUUAGCUAGUCUUGAUGUAUGUAUGAGAAGAAGAGUCGCUGAAAAACUCAUAUUCGGCCUGGACCAUAUCACCACUGAAGCAAGUAGCGAUGUGUCUCAGGCCAUAGAACUUGCUCAAUAUAAUGGUAAAUCUCAUGCUAUAACCUUCAUAUGA